AUGACAGCCGCACUCGAACCUGCUGUGAAGUCUCUUCAUCUUCCUGUGCACGACGCAUAUUUUACUUGUCCUGCUCCGGGAAUCCCAUCAAUAAACUCGCCGGACGACGCGGCCGAGUCUGCAGCCAAAUGCUUCCCUCACCUCCAGCCGCUAGUCCCCCACUACGAUGCGUUCCUCAUCGCAUGCUACUCUCAUCAUCCACUGGUAGCACAGUUGAAACACGAGUGUUCCGCUCUGUCAGCAGCAGCGACUGGAGGUACGGGUGGUGAGGGCGCACGAAAGUACGUCACGGGCAUUUUCGAAGCAAGCGUUCUAGCAAGCCUGUCACUCAUAGACGAGAGCCAGGGAUUCGGAAUCGUGAGUACGGGCAAAGUGUGGGAGAAAGCUUUGACAGACGCGGUGAAAGGAUUCCUGGGUCAGGAGAAGGGCAAACGCUAUGUCGGGACAGAGACGACUGGCCUAAAUGCCACGGAACUGCACGAUCUACCAGCGGAGGAAGUCAGAGAGAAGAUGAAGCAAGCGACCAAGCGGCUGUUAAAGCAGGGCAACCAUAAUGUCGGUGCUAUUUGUCUGGGUUGUGCGGGUAUGGUAGGCUUGGAAGAAGCCGUAAGACAGGCCUGUGUGGAAGAGCUGGGCGACCAAGCAGGAAAGAAAGUUUAUAUCGUUGAUGGUGUCAAAGCUGGCGUAGCUCAACUUGUGGGAAACACUAGGACUGCUUUCUGA